CCCUUUUGCAAUGACAUGUGUCGAACAGUUCUCUUUCAUAUGACACUCUUUUCAAUACGAAAUUAAAUAUUAAUUUUAAUCUUACAACUUUGAUAAGCAAAUUAAAAAUGUCUAGUAAUCAGAAUAAGAAGAGCAAACGUAAAUGCUGUAAACCCUCGGCGAAAGCAUUAGAAGGCGCAUUCUGUUGCACACCGGCAGUUUUGAAUAAUGAAGCGUCGAUAUCGGCAGCAAAAUCGGAUGGUAACAUAAAGCAUCAAGAACUCGGUUUAAAACAAAAAUUUGUCAAUAAAGUCAAAUCUUGGAGUAGUAAAGAUAAAUUGAUCCGAAAUGAAAGCGCAACAAGCUCCUUGAAGGCCGAUCCGGAUGUAACAACGCUAUCGUCUAGGCUCGAAAAUUUACAGUUAAGUCGUAACAACUCGGAGGAGAAAAUGUUUCAAACAAAAAUAUUCCACGCUAGGGACAGUUUGGAGAGUAUAUCGAUAAGUAAAUCAAAGUUUAGUGUAAAUGAUGACUCGAAAUUAUCUUUAACAAAGGAGAUAGACGUGGCGCUUUCAGAAUGUACUUUCAAUACUAGUAAGACGAAAACAGAUUCAGCUAAGCUCACUUGGGAUCCCUGGAAUAAGAGAGGACGAGAAAAUAAGAGACGCAAAGAAAAAUCGCCACACACAUCGCGAGAAAGGACGGUGGACAACUUGAAAAUAAAGAAACCCAAAGGAUGCAUAGCCGGUGACGAAUUGCACAUACCCAGCUUUGAUAUGAAAAGAAUUGAUGGCAGAGCGUGCGAAGACACUUACGUGUACCAUCCCCACAAUAAUCCUCCAAAAUGCGUGACUUUCGUAAACCAUGUCGACGUAAUCUAUUUUGCGAACGACGAAAUUUUAAGGAAAGUGUCCGAGCCGCUGAAAAAAGAAUCGGACCAACAAAUUCGUAAUAAAGAAAUGAGAAAAGGUCACGUUCCUUGCACUUUAUUCGGAAAGAGACAGUCGGCGAGCGAAAAUUAUAUGUCGGCUUGGUUCCGAAAGUGAUCACGAAAAAAUAAAUCGACCAUUAUUUUGUA